CAGUUUUACUCCUCCCCCGGCCGCCCCCUCACCCCUCCCUCACACAAAACCUCACACCAUGCGUCCCCCCUCCUAACACGCCUAUACAUGCCUGGACUCGCCCUCAAAGCCGGCCUCCGCGCCGCAGCACCCCUGCGCCGCCCUCCGCCCCUCCUGCGGCGCCAGCAAGCGCCAAAACGCACCACAACCUCAAACACGAACGCAUCGAAGACGCCUGCAUCGGGAAGCACAACGACGCCCUCGUCCGGCGCGACGAUCCCGAUUGCGGGCUCUAUACCUCCUCUCCCGCUGUGGCAGCGCUUGGGGCCGCUUACGACGGCGCUUUCCCUGUUCAGCCGGUCGCAAAGGGCGCGGCCUUGGACGACGCAGUUUGUGAGCACGUUGAUUGUGUAUUUCCUGGGCGAUUUGAGUGCGCAGAGGAUUAGAGGGGAGGAGUAUGAGGUGGAGAGGACGGGGAGGGCGUUGGUUAUUGGGGCGGGGGCGGCGAUUCCGAGUUAUACUUGGUUCGUCUACCUCGGCAACUCCUUCAACUACGCCUCCCCCAUCCUCUCCCUCCUCACCAAAGUCGUCGUCAACCAGCUCGCCUUCACCCCCAUCUUCAACACCUACUUCUUCGGCAUGCAAUCCCUCCUCUCGCACCCCCCCUCCCUCUCCAGCCUCGAACACGCCUUCGAGCACGUCAAGCGGACUGUGCCGACCAGCUUCAUUAAUAGCUGUAAACUGUGGCCCAUUGUUACGGCAUUCAGCUUUACGUUCUUGCCCCCAGAUUUUAGGAAUAUUUUUGGGGGCGUGGUGGCGAUUGGGUGGCAGGCGUAUUUGAGUUUUUUGAAUAGAAAGGUGGAGGGGGUGGAGUGGGAGGAUGAGGAGAAGGAGGAGAUGAGGUUGUUGGAAGUGGGGGAUGGGAAGGAGACGGGGGGGAAGUCGGCGGCUUGAGAUGGAGGUGGCACAGGUUGGGGAUAGAGGUUGGUUGAAGAUACGAUGCUUGCGGAGAGACGGCGGCAUUUCGGGUUGCAUAGACCGUUACAUGGCGUUAUAGAUGGGUUCAGGCGUUACGGGUGGAUGAACGACACAUCCAUCCAGGUUUUGCGAGCAGAUAUAGAUCGCAUUGGUUACCCCCCUUUUGGGCUUUAGAAUAGAUGGCAGCGUAUAGACCGAGUCUGACAAAGAAUAUUGAAGACUGCCCAUGUGAGGA